CACCCCCGCGGGCUCCCGGCAGCCUGCACCGCGCGGAGGCGGCGGCUGCRGCACCACCACCUGUGGCGGCGGGAUGGCGGAGCUCCACAUCAGCGCCGAGGCAGUGAUGGGCUUCCUGAGGGAGCGCGGCGGCCGGGUGCGCAACACCGAGCUGGUGAGCGCCUUCCGGCCGCUGCUGGAGGCCGGCGGGGCCGGGGCCGGUGCCGAUGCCGGUGCCGGGGAGGCGGAGGGGCGGGCGGAGCGGCGGGAGCGCUUCAAGGCGGCGGUGAACGCCGUGGCCACGGUGAAGGAGAUCGACGGCGUCAAGUUCGUGGUGCUGAGGCGGCGGCUGCGCGCUGCCCCGCCGGCGGGGGGCGAUGCCGCUGCCCCUGUCCCGGACCCUGCCCCGGCUCCCCUCCCGGCCCCCAGCCCCGUCCCGGCCCCCAGCCCCGAACCGGUUCCCGUCCCCGUCCCAGCCCCCGGCCCCGAGCCGGUUCCCGUCCCAGCCCCCAGCCCCGAGCCGGUUCCCGUGCCCGAGCCGAGCCCCGCCGGGACGCCCCCCGAGGAGCCGGCGGUGCCGCGGGCCGUGGCCGAGCUGCGGGGCCUGUUCCAGGGCGGCGGUGGCGGGGUGCCCCUGCCCGGAGGCGCGGCGGGGGCCCGGCGGGAGCCGCCGCCCAAGCCCUGCAUGCUGCCCGUGCGCUGCGUGCCGGCCCCCGCCGCUCCGGGGCCGCCCGGCGAGCCCGCCACCCCGCUGUCACCCCCGCCGCUCGACGAGGAUGCCGGGUCCCGCUCGCCCGGGCUGCGGAGGGGGCCCAAGAACCACCGGGCCAGCGAGGAGACGGUGGUGCCCCUGGAGCAGGCGGAGCACCAGUGGCUGGUGCUGGCGGCCGAUGGACAGUGGACACAGCAGCUCCACGGGCUGCUGCUGGGCGACGCCAGCCUGGCGGCUCGCAGGGACUUCAUCUCCGGCUUCACCGCCCUGCACUGGGCCGCCAAGAGCGGCAACUGCGACAUGGUGACCAACAUCAUCCGAGCGGCCGAGAAGGGCGGGUCCCGGGUCAACGUGGAUGCCAGGUCGCAYGGCGGCUACACGGCGCUGCACCUGGCUGCCAUACACGGCCAGGAGAAGGUCAUCACCAUGCUGGUCUACAGCUACCACGCCAAGAUYGACCUGAGGGACUACAGCGGGAAGAAGCCGCACCAGUACUUAAAGGAAGGGACGUCCCUUAAAAUCAGGCGCUUGCUGGGGGAUCCCAGCCUUUCCCAAAACAUGGAGCACUCCAUGCCCAUCAAGAAGUCCACGAAGCUUGCGGCUUCAAUCUUGAGCUCCACUAGCACUUUCCUGGGGGUGAUAUCUGAUGACAUGGCGUUCUAUGAUCUCACCAAAGGKUUAAGGAAGCCCUCGACUUUAAACAAGCUUCUGGCUGCCACUACGGGCCCAAGGAGGAAGCCAAAGACCAGAGGGGGCUUCCCUUCAUAUUCCUCACUUUCCGAGGUAAUGGAGGAGGAGGAAGAGGUUGUUGUGAAACGCAGACCUGUUUCUGAGCUGUUCUUUGGCCACUAGCCUCUGCCUUACUGUGAUCAAAAUGUUUUAAUAGCAUGGCUGGUGUCUCAGCUUUCUCUCACAGAAGCAAUUUGGAUUUCUUCUCUCCAUAUCUGUCUUUUUGUUUAACUGUGUAAGUGAUAGGGUCUGCAUCCAAAGCCCGCAGCAUGAAACCCAGAUACCGGUGCCUGUGGUGAGGGAGCUGCCAGGAAGCGCUGUCCAUGCUGUGUGUGCCAUCAUGCUGAUAUAUUAUUGGAGACCACAAACUUUAUACUUAAUGGUAGAAAACCUAAAUCAACUUAGGUGUGUGUAGAGAGGUGAAAAUGCCUGAGAUACAGCCUUCUUGAUCUGUGUUCCUUGAUUGGAGAGCAGAAGCAGGGUGAAGGUUUUUAUAUUUUACACUGUGAACAGCAAGCUGGUAGCUGGCUAUUCUAACAAGGCUUGUUAUCUAACAGGAUUAAAUUAUCAGAGGAAAGAUGCAUAGUUUUCUAUGAUGUUUCUGAUUAUUUUGGUAGUAGAAGAAGGAUAUUUCUAUUUACAAAAAUUGUAUACUUUUUCAAAACAAAGUUUCUCACUAUCAGAAAUACUAACAUAACAAGCUCAGUCGUUGCCUGAUGCCUUUUAUUAGAUGAGUGACUUAAAAAGAUAGAACCUGACCUUCAGCACUCAAGUCACCAUGACUUGUCUACCUCACUUUGAAAGCUUGUCUAGUGUUUUAAGUUUUUCUCUCUUCCUGAAAGACGUUUUUAGCAGGUGGUACUUACCACAUAUCUUGAUGAUACUGUGAACUUUUAAACUUGACUGUAGUUCAAUCGAUUUAAUCUGAAUAAAAACCUUGUUGGAUACUUGACAGUAAAAAACUGAACUGAAAAACAGGGGAACUGGAUCCAUACUGAGUUUCUCAGUAGCCCACUGGAAGCAAAGUUAGGCUUGUUUGUCUGAUUCUCUUUGUUUAAAACUUGGCCUUUCAUUUUGACCUAUUUACAGUAAAUAUUUAUAAAUACUGGGCUUUAUGUAAUGUUAGGUGUUUCAUGAUAGAACCUCUGCAUGACCUCUUGAAGCAGUGUUUAUCUCAAUAGCAUGAAGCAUUGACCUGAAACUAACUCUUCUUCUUCUUUUCUAUAAUAAAUAUAAUUGUUCUAUAUAUAGAACUACACAUAGCUCAAAAAGCAUGCUAACUGCAAGUUAAGUAAUACAUUUGCAGUAAGAUUAUUAUUUUUUUAAAUUACUGCUUGGUUGAAGUUAAUGCUAAGAGGCAGAGCUAUGAACAGAAACUGUCCGACUUUUGGGGCAAGUUUGCUAAACCAGCAUGUUUUCUCUAAAAUUGUGAUUAGAAACUUGUAUUGUUGAGAGGCAUUGAAGGUGAGAGCAAUGCUGCACUGCCUGUUUGGGUUUCUGCCCCAAAACACUUGUUUGCAUGCUUCGCCUUUCCUUCCAAGUCAGUGACUUCAGGAAUGUUUUCAUUUUUUCUGCCUUCCAUUAAACCUGGUACUUGUAAUUGGCUCUAACUGGCUUGUCACAAACAUUCACAAGGAAUGCUGUAGGACUGAAGGUGGAGGCACUGCCCUCUUUACUUCAAAACAAGCUCUSUGAAUUUCCUGGAGUUGGUGACAUUUGUUGGGAGUGUGGUCAGCAGUUGCAGCCAGGUCUGAUGCACCUGUUCGAGGAAGAGACUGGAUUAUUCUGCACCGAUCUGCUUCUAUAUUGAACUAAUUAAGUUGUUAAGCAAAGGUUAAUGAUCAAGCACCUCAUGACUUCUAUAUCUGGAGWAGGGUUUAAAAAAAAUAAAAUCCAAUUUGUUCUCUAGCUGUUGGUGUGACCAUUGGCCAGCGUGGCCCUUUGAAGCCUUGAUUUGUGUUUCACUGUGUGAUGUCAGCUUGCAGAGUUCCGGGGGAAAAAAAAGGCUCUGUUUUAAAGUGUCUUUCCAGGUGUACUGACAUAAACCACUUUUUUUAUUUCC